AUGCCCAGUGGAUGUUACACGUCCACCAUUUUCCUCUCUCAUUCUACACAAAUAUUGCGUGACGCGCGUAGUUAUACCUAUGGUAUAGUCGAUGCGUUGUGAUGGCCGAGGAUGCGACGACCCUGAAUCCCUCAAUCGCGCCGGGCGCCUCGCCAAUCGUAGAUCAGCCGAGAGGGUCGGCAGCUACCAGCGGUCUCAACUCAAGGGAAAGGGUUCGCGAUCCUCCGCAGUUCGAUACGCCACCACUUCUAUUUGUUCGAGAUGGCACCGGCAAUAAAAUCCCGCUCCCAUGGGAACAAGCCAAGGAAUUCUCGCGAUUUAAAUCCUACGUCGAGGAGCUGCAUGCGCGAAUGGAAGACAAAUCCUGGAAAGAAAAGAUUCGCAAGGACGAGUUCCUUGUGGCAAUUGAGACGACCGAUGAAGUCCGCGUUGUUCUGCCCAGCUUGUGGAACGAUUUCGUCCGCCCUGGAAUGACUGUCCUCAUCAUGUUUUCGUUUGACGAGGCCAAGGCGUCGUUGAAGAAGACCGGUUUCUCACAGAAGGAAGAGAUUCAACUAUACGGUCGUCCCGAAGUCGAAAUGCUGGAUGUAGAUGUCGAUCUUGGCGGAAAGAGCGACAAGACGAGCGAGGGAGAAUUUUCCGCUGGGACCAAAUCGUCGGACAACGAGAGCUCCGUUCAUAGCGAUGGGGAAGAAUCGGAAGAGGAUGACUCUGAGACAGAUAGCGAUGAUCAGAACUCUAAAGCACCGUCUGUAUCAGAAGAUGAGGAUGCAAGCUUUGAAGCACCCUCUGCCAAACCAAUCCGCGCUAUUGUGGAACCCGUAGAUAAAGGAGGGAACCCGCUCUCUUUUGCUUUAGACACGAGAUGGGCUGCGAAGUUUUUAUCUUCCUUCAAGGUCGAAGACAGCAGCGACGAGACAUUGACGAAGACGCUUCGGAAUACCCGCGAGAUGGCGGCAGAGACACUUAAAAUUACCAAAGCCGUGACUACUACUGCAGACAAUCGUACAACUUUGGAAGUGCAUACUCUUCCCGGGCCAGAGAAUAGUGCGCUCUCUGGUAGUGUUGGGAUUUGGUGGUACCAUUUGCACGGAGAAGCCCUGGACUGGAGCCAGUUCAAAACUACUUGCAUGACGAUACCCAAUCUCUCUGAGCGUACGCGAUUCUUAAUCUUUAAAACCUUGCACAAAGUCGAGAAAGAGUCUGUCAAAGCAUUCCUCGGUGGCUUGUUCGUUGAUCCCGGGACAGUCGUGCGCGGAGACGAAUGCAAUCAGCCGGACCCUCAAUCAAUUAUUUUCUCUUGCACGCCUUAUUUUGAAAUACAAAAAUCGCAUCCCAGCAGUUCUGACAGCGACCGGCUACACCCUGCACGAACUCUAAUUCAGACUUACUAUCCUUACGAGCCAGUAAAGGAUCGAGACGACGAACAAGCAUACAGAAGCAUUGGAAAUGCGCGAGAAGGUGGCUUGAUACACGUUCCGACACUGUGGAUGCUUAACGUCGGCAACCGAGCAGUAGUCACUUGCGGCUACGGGCCCCUUUCAAGUGACUUCACCAAAUCCAUCAAGGUUCUCCGAGAAGACCUCAAGCAGCUUGGCGCUGGCACGGGAAACUCGAUAACCUCUGUUCGGCUCACUGUCCCGGAUGGGCGUGUUUUACUAUACUCCCCUCAAGAAUGCGGCACCUUCUUCCAGCUGGAGCAACGAACUAAGGAGCUGCAGCGAUCUACUCGCGAUUUGUGGUCCACGAAUGACUCUCUAUUACUUUUGCAACAGUGGGGAACGCAGACCGAAGUUACCCCUGAGAAUUGGCCAGCUAUAAUUCGCCAACGACAGAGCCUUUUCAUCGAUGUGGCCGUAGCAGAAAAAAACUCGAAGGUAUCUAGUAAACUUCCCCGGCCUCUUGUUGCAGGUAUGACCCGCGAUUCAGUACCACCUUUCUUCCAUUGGCCGACUGCGCUAAGCAAGUACGAGACGAGCUUGGGCGUUGCAGCCACGGACGAAAAAUACGCGACCAAAUGUCUCGAGAAAGUGGAGCAUGCGAUGCUGAACGUGACUUUAUACGGGUAUCCGGAUGGCCCAGUACAGCAAACGUUUACUUCGACAAAGUACUACGAAUCUUUGCACGAAGACACUUUCGAAAACGUAGAGAAGUCAAUAUCUGCACAAAUAAAAAAAGCGGACUCGGUGUCUUCUAGCUCUGAAUGCACACACCACCAGAAUCUUGUCCGCAGCCAAUCGUCGAAGCUCCCCAGCAAAGCCCAUGACUUUGCCGAGAUUGUGCAUGAUACUCUGGGCUUAUUUCUGGGAGACAUCAACGGGCCUGUCCUGGUGCAGAAAGUCUGGGGAGCGAUUGCCAACAUUGCGGCAGUUGUGGAGAAUCUUUCAAACCAUCGAGGGUAUGAUCCAGAUUCGAAAGAAUACAAUGAUCCUGGCUGGAGAACGCCCAAAACGAAGACACGCGCGUGGAGAAUUCGUAUGCCGGAUUCAACUUACACUUUUGCGAACGAACAUGCUACAAAGUUCCAUCUACCACUCCCAGGGGACGACAAGUACUUCGGCGCUACGCUGAAAAGAUGCAGGCGAUGCGCUCGCGAGCAACCCUUUGAUGACCCCGAUGCAGCUCUAGAGCACCUAAAAAAGCAUGCUGCAGCCGAAGCCAGUAAACCAGGCGGAUCCACUUCUAGUUCUUUCGUGAAAGACAACGAGCCUUGGAAAGACUGGAUCCGUAAUGACGACCAAGCUUUACUCGAAUCAACCAUGGCCGGUGCCUGCGCAAUCUUGGACCGCGCCAAUGAGGAGGCGCGCAAGAUCUAUGAGGAGCUCAAAGAACUUGCCGAUGGCGUGCGCAAUGAGCAGGGCGACCUGUCCAAUCUCUAUUCGUUCCCGCGGAAGCUGCUCGAGGCGCUACAUCGCCUUAUUGUGUUCUACCUUGCAGUUGAGCGGAGCCUACACUAUAUUGAGGAGUGUUUCAAUGAGACUAGGAAAGGUGGAUAUCGAGAAGACUAUCCGUACACUGAUGCGGGCCUUGGGGUUCUGAACGCCUUCCGUGAAAGUGCAAAGGUGUCUGUGCUCCAAGCACGAGAGGAGCUGUGCGACAUGGUGCGCUCGACCACGCCGAAUGAUGUUACGGAGAGACUGUCAUGGGGUGCUGAGUCCAUCUCAAGUUGGCUGAUAAGGCGACUGAUUGUUAAACCUCUAGAAAAAAGCAUGACUGUCGGUGAUAUGUAUCGCGAAUACCUCUCAACUUUGCAAUUCCAAGUCAACCACCGCCCAGGAAAGAGGCUCCUCCGUUCGAUCAACCUCCUUCAAGAAGAGCUCACCAUCCUCGCGCAAGUCAAUGACUGGCAGACUCAACUCGUCACCAACUACAUGACCGUCCUCGACGACGCCACCUACCCAGCCGACCUUCCUUACCGUCGCGCUCUCUACCCCUACGAGCGUCUCCUCCUGACCUCCUGCCUCGACAACCUCGCCCUCAACCGCGAAGAAUACGACGACCAAAUCCGCCGCUGUGGCCCACUCUCCAACAGCACCAAGCAAAGCGCCGAAAUCAAUGAGGAAGACCACGGCAAAGCCAUCCUCGUCUUCACCGUGGUGACAGUCAUCUUCCUCCCGCUCUCCUUCGUAACAUCCUACCUCGGCAUGAACACCAGCGACAUCAGAGACAUGGACAACAAGCAGUCACUGUUCUGGGAGAUUGCGCUCCCACUCACCGUAGGCAUCAUGGCGAUUAUGCUGGCAAUCGCGUAUAAUGGUGAUGAGAUCCGCGACUUUGCGGAUUCCCUAUAUCGCGUAGUGACCGGAAAGCAGGACCGCCGGUUGUCGGCGGGCGGAAUCAGCGUGCUGCAGAGGAAGCGCGCGGCGAAGGGCGCGGUGGACUCGGCGACUACGCUGUCUAUGGCGGAUGAUGCGGAAUACGUGGCUCCGCGCGCGCGACCAGACUACGAGGCCUGGCACGGCAAUGCAUGGGAUCGGUCUAAGAAGACCGUACAAGCCCCUAAUGUCACGGUGUACCGCGAAGAAAUCGACGUUCUACCCCAGACCCGCUUCGCCCGUUCGUCGCGCAUACCUGCAUUGGGGACAAGCGCCUUUCCCAAACCCGUCCCGUACUCGUACACCGAGCCUGCAGGCAUGCCCGUUGAGGAGUCCGCACCAACACGCCAAACAUUCACCCGAACCCGGAUGUCCAAAAAGACAGCGCUACAACAAUCCUACUCUUCACGCUACGACCGCACGCCCCCACCGCCUCCACAGCCCCUACCGCUUCGUGAGCGUCCCACUUACACGAAGGUUCACAAAAAGUACGUCGUUCCCUCGGUACUGGACGACGCCUAUCUGCCCUGGUCCUAUGACGAUAACGAUCCAGACUACAUCAUCAUAAGGCAAGAUAUGCAGAAGUGGGAGACGGAUGCGCUGUUUGAGCGGAGCAGGGAGGUGAGGGAGGGCAGGGGUGGGAGUGGUGCGAGGACGUCGGGGAGGUAUGGCGGUGCGAGGGCUGGACAUGAGUAUGUGUGGACGAGUAAGAAGGAGGGGGGGCGGAGGUCGAGACGGCGACGGGGAGGUAAGGAUCAGGAAUUGUGA